ACACCGGAAGCAGAAAAAAAUAUGUUACCGUUUCCUUGGCACGUUUGUUUUUAUCAAUUGUAUGUAUUAUAUACAAUUAUUCAAAACCAAUGAUCAAUUUAUUAUAUUUAAAAGCAAGAUGAAAUUAAUAAUAUUUUAACAGCAGUGGACACAAAGCCAAGCGAUUGUCACCAGCUAAAGGUCAUCCAAUCAGGCGAGCGGAUACUAAGCAGUAAGCACUGCGGUGAUCCGGUUGGGACAUGACAAGUGCGGCCGGUUGGACCUCAACUCAACACAAGAUGGUGUUUUAGGCAUGCGGCGCCAUUAAAAAUCCAAACUAUUUCAUCAUUGAGCCUCACCUACCGGAGGAGUGACAUAAAAGCCGAAGGCGGCAUGAACUGGAGCAGAAUGCUAAUGUUUGCUAUGUCCGCUGCUGAUGUUGUGAAUGGGGCUGGAUGAGCAGCGUGUCGUCUGGAUGCGCCUUCACCGCAGGCCGGACGAGUCUGUCGGCUGAGCCCGGAGCGACAUAACACGCCGGUGGGGACCGCGAAGACCAAGCGGCACUGUGAAAAACACACAAAAAAAAGUAUUCGGCUACAAACAAGCCCCCUCUCCGAACCUGCCUCACAUUUCUGUAGAAGUGAGACACAACCGGCCUUCAAAGUGGAAACAAGAAGAAGAGCAAAGAUGAAUGCUGUGCGCGGGGGCAAAAUCACCUGGCGCCCCCAGCCAUGGCAGGACGGGGACAGAGGAGGAGACCCUCUGUCGGACAGCGACUCAGAAGAAGAAGACUUUCCUGAUGACAGUACCACUCCAUUGGGAGACUACAUCACUCAUGGUUUGAAGCAGCUCCUGGAUGCUCAGCAGCUGUGCGACGUGACUCUACUUGUUGAGGGAAAGAAGUUCAUGUGUCACAGGGUGCUCCUAGCAGCGGUGAGCCCAUACUUUCGAGCCAUGUUCACCAGUCCUCUCGUGGAGUCUCGCCUCACCGAGAUCCGACUGGAAGAAGUGACGCCGUCUAUCAUGGAGACCGUCAUCCAGUUUGUGUACACCGGAGAGGCGGGGCUUUCUCUGGACACUGCUGAGGAUCUAUUUGUGGCCGCCAAUCGCCUUCAGGUCAUGCCCCUGCAGGACCUGUGCUCCAGAUUUCUGUUUGAGCACCUCUCAGUGGACAACUGUCUGGGUAUGUACUCUCUAGCCCGGUCUCACCACGACCAGCUGCUUCUCCGUGCCUCCCUCAGGCUCGUGGCCCAGCACUUCCCUCGUGUGUCCCGCCAUAAGGACUUCCUCCUGCUCGAUCACGGCACCUUAGGCAGCCUCCUGAGCUCCGACCGCUUGGGCGUGGACUCUGAGGCGCAGGUGUACGACGCCGCGCGCCGAUGGGCUGAGCACAAGCCCUUGGAUCGCUACGCCCACAUGCCGACGCUGCUUCACCACCUGCGUCCGGGGCUGCUGUCCAAGGACGAGAGUCGGCGACUCAGCAAGGAGUUGGGCCCCGCGGCGGCCGGCGAGGGUCUCGGGGGCCCUCUACGUCCAAGGGAGGGGAUGUUUGAGAAGAAAAUAGUGUGCAUGGACCUGACGCCAAGAGACGAUGAGAAUUUAGUUGCACGAGACUACACUGUGGACUGCUUUGAUCCGCGGACAGGGAAGUGGGAGAAGCUCGCGGCUUUGGACUCACUGGUAAGUCCUGGCUGCGCGGCUGUAGGCAACAGACUGUUUGUCGCUGGAGGCAUUCUGGGGACCGGCUCCGUGUCGGCUGCUGUCCACGAGUACGAUGCUGUGUUGAACCGCUGGAUAGAGCGUCCUUCAAUGGGCCAACCUCGCUGUAUGUUGGGCCUACUGGGCUGUGGAGAGUUGCUCUUUGCUUUAGGCGGAAGCAAUCGCUCCGCACUUCUGGACUCCAGUGAGAUGCUGGAGCUGGCGACUCUUAAAUGGGCACCCGGUCCUCGGUUACCAGUCCCUCUGCGGGCUUUUGCCUGCGCAGCCCUGAGGAGACGACUCUACCUUUUAGGCGGAACCACGCUCGAACAAAACCGCGCCGUGGUCCACUCGGGUGUUCUUAUAUAUCACACCCUGACAGACUGCUGGACUCGUGUGGCUCUGGACUCGGGCGCUACAUGCCUUUCCGGAGGUGUGGCGGUGCGAGGAGGAAUCUGUGCCAUCGGGGGCUACAUGAGGGACACCAGCAAGUUCCUGGAUGGAAACUACACCAAUCUGGAUGCUUUAGACGCUACCGGACGUGUGCUGUUUUUCCGGGAGGGAAGGGCGUUCGGCGUGGAGCGGGAGGUGACCCACGGAGGGGUGGCGGUCUCUGCAGAACAGCGGGGCGGAGCAGGCGCGGGCAGCGACAGAGCCCCGAGCCCCGUGGUUUUCCCAGGGCUGCCGCGGCGGAUUGCGGCCGGCGGUGUGGCCCGGUGGAGACGGAGGAUUUACGUUCUGGGCGGGGAAAACGGCUCCCGGUUCUACGACAGCGUGUACUGUUGGAAACCCGGCUGGCGCAGCUGGGUGCAGAGACGCGAGAAGCUCCCCGGAGACACGGGCGGGGUCAGUCGCUUUGGCUGCACCACGCUAAAGUUCCCGAAGAAACACAUCUUGUACAGACUGAGACGAGCCAAAGAAAGCCGCGUUGUGGACAAGUAACAAGUUGAGCAGCCGAGAUGCGCUCGGGGUGUCAACGCUACAUGCGAGAUGGAUUCAAAUGGGUCCAGAUAAAGGGUCUCGAUUAGGUUUUUACCAGAACUGAAUGUCCUCAUCAUGAAGCCAUUGGAUAGAAGCUUUUCUAGAGGUGACAAAAAGCUUCAACCUGCUGGAUAAUUCUGUUCCAAGAAAAUGUACUUGAAUUCGCCUUUUAGAAACUUGAAUAGCCCGUUGCAAAGUAGUACUGUGUACUAGUACAUGUAGUACAAGUAUGAAUUCAAAUUUUAGCUUUUUUUCCCCCUCUUAUUUAUACUGUUCAUCUUACAACAAGGGCUUCAAAGUAUUAAUGGAGUUAAUUCCAAACUGUCCCCACUGUUGAUAGUCCCAACACUUCAGUGUGGCUGGAGUGAAUGAUGUGAAGUAUUUCCUUUUUAAUGUCAUUUGUUAAUGAUUUGUUUUUUCUGAGAGGCUAAACCUACUUAAAUAAAAAAAAUAAAAAUUAACGGCAUCCCGGUGUGACGAUGUUAUCCCCCCCUAAAUAAGCAGUUAGCCCCAAAAUACAUUGUUGUUUGGUUCAAAACCCAGUGGUUCUCAAACUUUUUUCACUAAGUGCCCCCUCAGAAAAUACUUGGCUUUCCAAGUACCACCAUAAUGACCAACAUUAAAAUACAGUAGCGUAGUAGGCCUAAGUAUUCAUUAAAAACAAGGCAAAAGUUUUAUUCAACAAGUGUAUGCAAUAUUUUUGGCCACUGUAACAUUACGCACAAUGCACAAACAUCAACAGUGAUAAUCAUGCAGUACAUAUUUACAGACUAAUUUGGCGUACCACAGUUUGAGAAUCACUGAAUAGACUAAUCACAUUAGCUCGGCAUUACAUAAACAGAACCUUCCUAGUCAAACUACUGUAACGGUUAUUAUUUCAGAUGUGUGUUUACAUAGCACCUAUAGGCAUAAUGUGCAUGUUUUUUGGCUGAUUCUGACUUGAGACAUGUGAAUGUAUACAAGAUGCAAGAUAUUCAAACAUAGCAAUUGCAUCUUUUUUAUUUUUUGGAAGGCUUUUGUCGUUUUUGCUACAUGGGCCAUAAAUCCAGUCUAGACAACACAACGCCAACUGAUAGGUCUGAUUAUGGAAAAAAGAAAUAUUUGAUUUUGAUUCUUGAGCUGAAAAUUACACAUCCGAGUGGCAAAAGACUAUUAAAAUAAAGGGAUCAUUUUGACAAAAUUCAUCCCAUUUCAGAGCAGGAAUUAAUUAUGCUGAGUGGAAUGCAUUACUAGGACCUUAAUGAGUUUGCAUGUUUUCGCAUGGCUUAUUUUGGUUAGGGGUGUGCCGAUGGAUCACCAGUGUCGGCCGAUUUUUGUCAAAAAGUAUGUGAUCGCCAUUGCCGAUGAAUGCCUUUUAAUGCUGAUCACCAACACUUUCUGUGGCUGAAACUAUUUUUGUUUAGCAGCCAAUUAUGUAUCUCCAUACACAGUGGGGAAGCUAAUAGUAAUCACCUCCAUUAAGUCAAAUAAACCGCAAUUCUUUGUAUGUUUAGCCUCAUUCUUCAGUGAUAAUGAUACAUAACAUAUUACACACAGAAGAAGGGAAUACAGAACUAGACAAUAUUGUGUUGAUAUUGUUAAACUUAUAGCACUCACUAUAAAAAAAAAAAAAAACAAUUGCAAAAUGUAAUACAUGUGAUUGGUAUCAAUAUUGGCAUUGGCCAAUCUCACUCAUGGGUAAUGGGCAGCUUAAACCCCUGAUCAGAACAUCCCCAAUUAUGAUUUUCCUUUGAGUGCCGAAAUAAUUCAGGCAUUUUAAAUGAGUUGGAGACAAAUUCGUCCCAAAACGCAGAUCCGUGGCAGUCGCUGUUUUACAUGAAGAAGCGCAUGUAAAAUGUCAUUUCAUGAAUGAAUGUUUUGUUUUCUUAGCCGAUUCCUGCUCCAUCACUGAUUCUAAUAUAAUGACAUGGAAUCACAUUCUCUCCCUUUGGUUAGGUCUGCCCUGGGGCUGAGAGGGGUUUUGCACGACCCCCCAACCCCAAACCUCAACAUCCGCCCCGCCCCUCCAGCCCAGAAACACAGUUUGAAAAAAGAAACAACAUGAUUUUACUCAACAGAACAAAAACAAUGCCAAAUAUCACCCAUUUUACAAAUAAUUGUGUCCAUGAAUACAUCUCCUUUGUGACGGGCGCCAGUCAAUUUCAAAUUAAGUGCUGGCGAUAUAGGUGACUGCCUGUGUUUUAGCUCAAUAGUAGUACGCUGCUCUUUCACACUGGUGAUGUGGGUUCCAGCCCCGCUCGGAGCAGUAGGAAAAAACAACGCAGCCGAGAGACAGAGAGAGAACACAAUCGCUAAACGAGGCUGGGCUGUUAAUGAUUGACAUCGAUGAACACCAAUCAUUGCAUUGCGCCGUCAAAAUCAGGGGCCCCUGAUUGGGUGGGCCCCUGGGCUUCAAGCCCGUGUCACACACCGUUAGUGCUCAUCUCAAAGGGGUUUGAUACUGUGAUCUAAUCCCGGUCGAUGUAGUGCUAAGAAUGUAGGAUCUAUAGUUAAAAAUAGGGAUGUCCGAUAAUAUCGGACGGCCGAUAAAUGCUUUAAAAUGUAAUAUCGGAAAUUAUCGGUAUCGGUUUCUAAAUGAUCGGUAUCGGUUUUAAAAAGUACAAUUUAUGACUUUUUAUAACGCAGCUGUGUACACGGACGUAGGGAGAAGUACAGAGCGCCAAUAAACCUUAAAGGCACUUCCUUUGCGUGCCGGCCCAGUCACAUUAUAUCUAUGGCUUUUCACACACACAAGUGAAUGCAUCAUACUUGGUCAACAGCCAUACAGGUCACACUGAGGGUGGGCCGUAUAAACAACUAAACACUGUUACAAAUAUGCGCCACACUGUGAACCCACACCAAACAAGAAUGACAAACAUUUCGGGAGAACAUCUGCACCGUAACACAACAUAAACACAACAGAACAAAUGCCCAGAACCCCUUGCAGGACUAACUCUUCUGGGACGCUACAGUAUACAUCCCCCCGCUACCCCCCACUCCCCCCCCCACCUCAACCCCGCCCCCCCAACCCCACCCACCUCAACCUCCUCAUGCUCUCUCAGGGAGAGCAUGUCCCAAAUUCCAAGUUGCUGUUCUGAGGCAUGUUAAAAAAAAAAAAAUGCACUUUGUGACUUCAAUAAUAAAUAUGGCAGUGCCAUGUUGGCAUUUUUUUCCAUAACUUGAGUUGAUUUAUUUUGGAAAACCUUGUUACAUUGUUUAAUGCAUCCAGCGGGGCAUCACAACAAAAUUAGGCAUAAUAAUGUGGUAAUUCCACGACUGUAUAUAUCGGUAUCGGUUGAUAUCGGAGUCGGUAAUUAAGAGUUGGACAAUAUCGGGAUAUCGGCAAAAAAGCCAUUAUUGGACAUCUCCAGUAAAAAAUAUUUAUUUUUCGCAAAAAAAUAAUUAUUUUUGAAAAUGUUUUCCCCGUUAAUUUGUUUUAGUACAAAAUAUGCAUCAAAUUAAAUCUAAGUUUGAUUUUAUUUUAUUUGUCCCGCAGCAGUUCGGCACAAUUGGGGUAGAGCGGGACAGGAAGUACAACCCAAACAAAAUAAAUCCGGUUGAUUUUCAGAAUAAAAUGCUAUUAAUUACCCAUGGUAUUAAUAAGCACAAAAAUGAGUGGGGGGAAAAGUCUAUUCCAAGCAAGUCCGCUCCUCUUCUCCUUGUUCCACAUACUAAUUGUCUGGAGUGACUAACUGCAGUGAUUCCCAAACACAAAAGUACCGCCUCAGAAAACUUCAAUGACCAGCAUCAAAAUACAGUAGCACAGUAGGCUUAAGUAUUCAUUAAAAAAAAAUUAUUUUGGCAUGAUUGUAACGACUUCCAUUGAAGGCUGAUAAACCUUUGAUAACAUCUCGAGUCACGUCAUUACAAUAUUUAGUUAAGUGAUUUUUUUUGGAACACCUUGACUUUCACCCUCUCACCCACCUUUAUCGAAGUGCUGGCGCCUGCAACCGUCUUUGACCACACGGUGGCUCAGUUUGCAGCCAUACUCAAUUUAUUUUUUAUUUUUUUUUUUUUUUUUUUUAAAGCACAGACAUGUGGUGUAACGGGUGAUGAUGCCAUAAAGAUGUGACGGAGCAAUAUUUCUAUCACAACUUUUCCCAAAUGUCAAAAUGUCACUUUCUUGUGUGCUUUCCAGACAGAGAAUCCCCAAAUUUGAACCUGAUAAAAUGUCAUGAAUAUGUUGGAUGUCAAGGGAUGACUUAAGUGAAAGAGAAAGCAACAGCAAUAUUUAGUGAAGUGAAUGUUUAUUUUACACUCACGUGCUACAAUAGCAAGAAGUGAACGUAUGAAGUUCAUUACUACACAUUAGUUUGUGUAUCGACUCGUUAGGUAUAGCUGAAGGUUUUUUUAAUAGGCACAACUGUAGAUUCAUGCUCAUUUCUAUGAACGUUGUAGGCCAACUAGUUUGAUUUGCAGUGGGAUCGAUGUGGUUCAACUUACAGAAAAUUGAUGUCAUGCCAUUUUAAAGUGUGUAAAUGCAUUUUUGUGUGUGUGUGUAUACUGGUUGCCGUGUGCGUGAAAUGUGCAAGUUUUUCUAUGCCGGGUAAUAAAUCUGCCUACCACAAGCUCUUUACGCGGCAUACACACACCAAGAAUGUGCUUUUUGCCAUCAAUAAAGUUUGUGAAUUGCU